AUGCUGUCGACAACCAUAAUCUUCAGCCCCAUCUCUAAUCCCUCUCCAAGAUUUCACUUUUUCUCUCCGAUCCCUAAUAGUUCUCAGCCGAGACUCAAUCUCUUCGCUCGGCCCAUUAAAGAAAUGUCUUUUCUUGGCGGGUUAAGCUCCAAAAUCAGCGCCAUCGGCGGCGGCGGUGGUUCCGGUGUCGAAGGCGGCGAUGGGUUUCAGACGCUGGCGGAGUUUCUAGGAAAAGGGGGCCAAAAUGUGGGCGAUGAGUUGGUGGUCUUGUACAGUCACUUGGUGUACGCCUGCAAGAAAAUUGCAGCUCUGGUGGCCUCGCCUUUCAACUCAAAUCUCGCGAAGAAUUUCAGUGCUGAAAGCGGCAGCGCUGAGAGGGAUCAGCCUAAGCCGCUCGACAUCGUGGCGAAUGAGAUCAUACUAUCAUCUCUAAAGAACUCUGGAAAAGUUGCGGUAAUGGCAUCCGAAGAAGAUGAUGCCCCUGUUUGGCUUGCUGAUGAUGGCCCGUUUGUGGUUGUUUUAGAUCCUCUUGAUGGCUCUCGAAACAUCGAUGCCUCUAUUCCAACUGGAACUAUAUUUGGGAUUUACAGACGUCUUUACGAGCUCGAUCAUCUGCCGAAAGAGGAAAAGGCGGCCCUUAAUUCUCUACAGAGUGGGACAAAGCUUGUUGCCUCUGCCUAUGUCCUUUAUUCAUCAGCUACAAUUCUUUGUACGAGUUUUGGGUCGGGAACACAUGCGUUCACACUCGAUCGGUCAACAGGAGACUUUGUUCUGACUCAUCCAAACAUUAAAAUUCCUCCUCGAGGGCAAAUAUACUCGGUAAAUGACGCGCGAUAUUUUGACUGGCCUGAAGGCUUGAGGCAGUACAUAGACACAGUUAGACAAGGCAAGGGCAAAUACCCCAAAAAGUACUCAGCUCGGUACAUAUGCUCACUUGUGGCCGAUUUCCACCGGACCUUAUUGUACGGUGGGGUUGCAAUGAAUCCGAGGGACCAUCUUCGUCUUGUUUAUGAAGCUAACCCACUCAGUUUCUUGGCCGAGCAAGCUGGAGGACGAGGGUCAGACGGUAAAGUUAGGAUUUUAAAUCUUCAGCCGGUUAAGCUGCAUCAGAGGCUCCCGUUGUUCUUGGGGAGUCCUGAAGAUAUUGAGGAGUUAGAGAGUUAUGGCGAUGUUCAACAAAAAGUCAACCCUGGAUACGAGGUAUGA